GCGUGGCCGCGCCUUGUUAUCAGGAGGACUCUGAAGCUGUUUCGCUCAGUCAGGUGAUUGGAGUCGUCAUGAAGCUGCUGGUUGUGGUGUCGUGCCUUUUUGCUGCUGUUGCUGCAACUCCCUUGUUUGGUACAGAGCAAUGUGCCAAUGGCCCCGGCGUCUGGUGUGUGAAUAUCCGCACCGCAUCUCAGUGUGGUGCAGUGGAACACUGCCGGCAAACUGUUUGGAAUAAACCCAUGCUGAAAUCUGUUCCUUGUGACCUGUGUAAGGAAGUGGUUGAUGUAGUGAGGAAAUUUGUGAGUGACAAUGCUACACAGAGUGAGAUCCUAUCAUACUUAAAUAAGGCAUGUGAAUUUAUUCCUGAUGAAGCCAUAUCUUCUGAGUGCAAGCAGUUAGUUGACCAGUACUACCCACUUGUUCUGAACAUCAUUGUGGAAGAACUGAAUCCAAGUGUGGCCUGCGCUGCCAUCGGCCUGUGCAAGUCUCUUCAGCAACACCUGGCUAGCCUCAAGCAACCUCAACAACUCCUAACUAAUGAGAUUCCAGAGGAGGACUUGUCCAAGAUGGUUUACCCUUUUCUGGCAAAUGUUCCCCUCCUCCGGUUUCCACAGGAUAAGACUACUCCAGAACCCAAGCAGAAUGCCGAUAUCUGCAAAGACUGUCUUCAACUCGUAACAGAUGUACAAGACUCUCUCAAAGGCAACUCUUCUUUCUGCAAGAUGCUGAUUGAUAAUGCACUGAGACAAUGUGAUCAGCUUGGCGGGGUCUUAUCUGAAGAGUGCAAGACUUAUAUUAAUCAGUAUGCUCAGUUGGCUAUCCAAUUGGUGAUACAAAUGCCAGCACAGCAGAUAUGUAGUGGAGCAGGUUUGUGUAGCCAAAAGAAGAAUACCCCACUGCUUGAGAUCACCCCAGCCAAGGCUCUUGUCCCAGCCAUGAAGCUACAGCCAGCAGUUAAGAUUUCCCAGAGUCCUGUGGCUGUUAAUCCCAUGUGUGAAGUUUGUCAGCUGAUGGUACAGGAGCUUGAAACCCUCUUGGACAAUAACCGAACACGGGAAAACCUAAAAGAAGCUCUUAAAAAGGUCUGCAACUUGGUUCCUUCCAAAUACAGGCAGCAGUGCGACAGUAUAAUAGACACUUACUGUGAUGCCAUAAUUGAGUUGUUGGAAAAUGAAGUCAGUCCCAAACAGAUUUGUGGGACUCUUGGAUUAUGCAGUGUUAGACUGCAUCGCGUUGUGGCACUCAACCCUGUGCAUGUUCAGUCUGGUAACUACUGUUCACUCUGCAAGAUGAUUAUACAAUAUCUGGAUACGAUUUUACAGAAAAAUGCUACAGAAAUCCGGAUUAAGAAUGCUUUAGAAAUAGUGUGCAACUUCUUGCCAGACGACUUGGUAGCCGAGUGUAACGAACUGGUUUCCACAUAUGAGCCUAUGUUUAUCCAAUUGGUUCUGCAAGCCCUGGAACCAAACUUUGUUUGCACGAAAAUGGACCUGUGUCCUAAUCAGAAGCCACUUUUGGGAGCUGAAAAAUGCAUGUGGGGCCCAAGUUACUGGUGCAAAGACUUGGAGACUGCAGCGAAUUGUAAUGCUAUUGAACACUGCAAGCGUCAUGUCUGGAACUAGAGGAGCCUGCUCAUGUGAAGAGAAACAGACUGGAUAGAAUAAGCCCUUUUUAAGCCUCAUCUUCCACUAACCUACUAGGAGACCGUUUUAUGAUGUAUGGAGACAUUUUGCUGUAUAUAUUUGUUCUGUAGAGAAACGCUUGUGGAAUUUUUUUUUUUUUUUUUUUAAUUAUCUUAAACACCUUUUCAUGCUUAAUUGCCGUAUCAUUGAUUUACUGUUCAUAAUGUUAUUAUAGGAAAUGUCAUAAUUUUAGAACUAGUUCUCUGAAUGUUCCUCUAACAUAGAAGUUCAACUCCAAUGCAUAUCUCCCCCUCCCCCUAAAUACCUAGACCUGAAUUUUAAGCCAAGAACACCCUAGAUUUAGGGUAAGCACCUGUGAAUAAUGACCUAUACGUUGUGUGUGUGGGUUUUUUUUUUUUUUUUUUUUCCCUUUAUGGAUCUACUUGCAUAAGUCUAGGAUGUCUUUUUGGAAGAAAUGGAGAUUUAAAAAUUCUUGCAAACACUGGUUUCUAGUAAUAUGUAAGGGUGGGGUUUUUCAUUUUUGGCUUAAUCUAGCUGUCAAACACCAUGCUAAAUGCAUGUGUAAAUUUGGAUUUCUAUCUAGACAGUGAUCAUGUUGAAUUUCGGGUAAGAUAUAUAAUGCGUUUUUGUUUUUUAACUGGUAUGGCGCUUCCAAACUUGGCCCAGCCUCAUUUUGUAAAUGUCGUUGGUCUAUUGUCUGCCUUGUAUUGAAAACCCCUAAUGCAGGAACAACAUGUAAAGACAUCUAGACUUAGAUUUUUUUUAUUUGUUAUGUCAACCUAAAAUGUAACUGAUAAUAAUUUAGUCCAGUAGGUCUCUUCCUCUGUCCUCAGAACCCCCCAGACAGUGCAUGUUUUCCAGGUCUCCUCACAGAAUCACAAGUGAAAUGAUUAGCUCAACCUGUGGCUCUAUUAAAUGUCAGGGGGUAAUGAAUGAACCUGCUUAUGUGACCUGGGACAACAUGAAUUGUUUGGGGUCCUAAGAACAGAUUUAUUAACUUGGAGAAGGCAUAAGUAAGUGAUAAACCAGUGAAGUGCAAGGUGAUAAACGCACCAGCCAAUCAGCUCCAUCACCUUGCACUUAUCAAUGGUUUAUCACUUCCUUAUGCCUUCUCCAGGUUAAUACAUCUGCCCCAGAGUUUGAGAACCACUGGUUUUAUUCUGUUUUGACUGGUAUUUUUUGCACUAAUGCUACUGUAAAUGACCAUAAAAUCUAUCCAAAUUA